UCGCUUCGCUUUUGCUCGCUUCUCUUCACACUCACUCUUCUACCAAAUCAUUCCCCUCCUUUCAUUUCUUUUCCUUCCUCUCAUUCUCUUCCUGUUCCAUGCCAUUUCAUGUUUCAUCACAAUCACAGUGGAUGGUAACCCAUUUUCUCUCCCAUUUCCCAGAAUCGCAGGGAAAAAGAUGCCCUCUUCGCUUUCCUUUACCAUUAUCUUAAGAUCUCCCGCUUUCCUCACGUUCCCUUCCGCACCAGCCCCACAUUUUGCUUCUGCUUCUGCUUUCAAUGCUGGUCGUUGUCAUCUUGCAGACCCAUUGCGACGCAUGGGUUAAAGAAUGUGGGUUUCGUGGUUUUGGGAGAUCUUUCAAUCAAAUCCUACCAAGUUUUCAGCUUUUCUGGGUUUUGUUCAGAAUCCUUUCGCUGGUCGCAAUGCAAUUAGGUUAUCCGCAAAUGAUUUGGACUUAUCUCCUGGGAAAAGCUUGGAUGGAAGUUUCAGGAAGUCUAGUUCUGUUAUCUCAGCUGCUCAUAGUGUCUCUGGAACUUCAGGAACUAGCAAGUUUGUUCCUAUUUCCAGAAGAGUGUACAGGGGGCUCAAGGACUGUGGAAGAAAACUUGUUGACCUGGAGAUUUUCACACAGACUCUCGAGGAUUGGGUCUUGGAGAAUCUACAUGCUGAUUCAGGAGAAAGGAAGCAAUAUUUCAGCUCUCCCUUCACAAAUAAUGAGUUGCGUAAACUUGAUUUGGCGUUGGAGGGGGUUCCAUUUCAACAACUGGUACGAAUGUCAAACUUCUCCGAGGUUUCUGAUGAUCUUAUUGAAGAUCAUUUCAUUGAAGAUCAGUAUCUAGCGGCUGAAGAUUUCCUUCAUGCCAUUAUAAUUGGCCUCUGGCGUACAUUUUGGCAUAAAAGCGGGCCACUCCCACUGUUUGUGUCUUGUCCCUCUCAUCCUGGUUCCAAGUUCUGCAGUGUUGAAAAGGCAAUAUCAAGGGGAAGGCUUAAGGAACUGUGUGGUUUAGCUUUGAUGGCAAAAACUGGGUGUGAUUUGAAAGUCAGAUGGGAUCAAGUGGUAUCAUUUGCAUUGUUUAGGCCAGAAGUAAUAGAAAAUGAGUUGAGAAUUUCUUCUCGCACCAUCUGUGAAGCUCUAUUUUAUGGUUUCCAUGUUCUUGUUCAUCGUAGUUUGAGCAAGAUUAACUCUGUCAAUAGUGAUUCUGUCUUCCUUCUAGUUCUAGAUUCCAAAUAUGGAGGGGUGGUGAAGUUGAGUGGUGACCUUGGAAAACUUGAUUUGUUAAACUCAAGCAAUCCGUACCAUUCUGUGGCUGAAUGGAUCAAAACCUGUGCUGAAGUUGGUGUCACCCCAGUGGAACCGAUAUGGAACCGACUGGGAAAUGCAAACUGGGGGGAUAUAGGAACCUUGCAAGUACUUUUGGCAACUUUCUAUUCUAUUGCCCAAUGGAAGGGGCCACCAAGAAAAUCAGUAGCUUCAUUAAUCUCAGAUCAUGGCCUUCGCCUUCAAAAGCGCAGGUCUGAGUGCUGCAUUAUCGAGAGUGAAAAUGCACUGAUUCCUUACCAAGGAUCAGCUAACUAUGAAGCUGGAGAGAUUGUUGAACUCGACCAGAAUGAUUUCUUUCUCAGGAAGCAAGCAUCGCGCCUGAAGCUCAAGCAAGGUGAUGUAUUGCUCUUGGACGUUCCACAACAUGGUCAAAGAAGUUUCCAAAUUCAGGAGUCCGUUGUAGGAGGGAACUAUUUUCUACAUAGUGCUGUCUCUCUUGGUCAUCCCUCAGAGCUAUUGACUUUAUAUGUGGGUGCCCAUCCCUCUAGACUUGAGCCUUCUUGGGAGGACAUGAGUCUCUGGUACCAAGUACAACGUCAAACAAAAGUGCUAAACAUUUUGAGGAAUCAAGGGAUCAUAAGCAAAUAUCUGCCGGAAAUCAUAGCCUCUGGUCGGAUCUUACAUUCUGGUCCCUGCAAGAAGGAGAGCCCUGGAGGGAGAUGUGAUCACCCAUGGUGUGGGACUCCAAUACUUGUGACAUCUCCUGUAGGAAAUCCACUUUCAUCUGUAAUUGCUUAUGAGGGACAGUUCUCAGCUGAUGAAGCAAUUCGGUGCUGCCGGGACUGCUUAGCUGCUCUAAGAAGUGCAGCCGUGGCUAAUGUCCAACAUGGUGACAUUUGUCCAGAAAACAUCAUAAAAGUUGCCGAAAAACAUGGUUUCAAAAGCCGAUAUGUGCCCAUCUCUUGGGGUCGAGCUGUGUUAGAAGACAGGGACAGCCCUGCCAUAAACUUGCAAUUCUCAUCAUCCCAUGCUCUUCAACAUGGGAAGCUGUGUCCCUCUUCUGAUGCAGAAAGCAUUGUCUAUGUCCUCUAUUUUAUUUGUGGAGGGACGAUGCAGCAACAAGAUUCCAUAGAAUCUGCUCUACAAUGGAGGGAGAGAAGCUGGGCGAAGAGAACUAUACAGCAAUAUCUUGGGCAGGUUUCUGCAAUUUUGAAGGCUUUUGCUGAUUAUGUGGAUAGCCUUUGUGGGACGCCAUACCCAGUUGAUUAUGAUAUAUGGCUAAAGAGGUUGGAUAGAACUAUGGAAGGAUCAUCAGAUAGAGGUAAAAUGAUUGAAGAAGUGGCCAUAACAUUGAGAUUAGAGGAUGCUGCAGGGUCCUCUGGAGCUUCUGGGCUAUGAUUUGAUGCUAGAAAGGCUGAUUUUGGUGGCUUCUUCUUAUCAUUAUUUUUGUUGUAAAUUGCAAACUGGAGAUUCAAAUGCGUUAUUAGAUUGUCAUAUUGUGUAGGACUAUUUAGAUUGUCAAGUAUAAAUUUGGCAGCCUUUGGGAAAAAGUUGUUUCGUUGGGAGUGAUUGCUGUUUUGUCUGAUGGAGAGUUAACAACAAAAUUCAAGUCUGUGUGAAUAACUGAGUGUAUGCUAAAUUUCACCAUCAAUUUCAAUACAUGUUGCUUCUACUUUGGAAACAUGCGGACGGUUGUGAAAUGAAA